UGUCAGAGUAAGCGCAGGCCCCAAUUCUCCACCUAGGGUUUCAAUCUCAGUCGCAUUGGAACCAAUUCACCAUCGUUUCUGUAAUUAGAGCUCCUCACCGGCUGUCACGGUGGCAAUGUCGUCACCCAAGGACCACCCUCUCUCCUCCACCGCUGCUGGAAGAUCGGACUUUCCAGUUGUUUCUACGCCGGAUGCAGCACUGCAAGAAGGAACUACAAGUCUUUCACAGGUUUCACUAGUUAUUGACUCAUUGAAGAACGAACAAGACGCUGAACGUUGUGCUUAUAUCAAGAAAAGAAUGGAGGAGAACCGGAUGAAACUGGCUGGAAUUACUAAAAAAAAUCACAUGUUGGCUGAAGAAAGAAAAAAUUUAGGGAUAAUAAACGGAGGUAAAGUUGACAAUCUGUUGACAAAGAGGCAGAAGGAUGCAAUUCAUAUGCAAAAUGGAAAUCAUAUAAGCAGCUCUCAAGACAACGGACAUGCUUCUGUAAUUCUUCUAGGAUAUGGCAUUCCAGUAAAAAGUUGUGUUCCGCCCAUUAAGCUUCCGAAAGUGGAGAAAUUACCUCCUUAUACCACAUGGAUUUUCUUGGAUAGAAAUCAAACAAUGACAGAAGAUCAAUCUGUAGUAGGGCGAAGGAGAAUAUAUUAUGACGACGGGGGUGAAGCUUUGAUCUGCAGUGAUAGUGAGGAAGAAAAUAUUGACGAUAACGACAAGAAGAAAGAGUUCUUUGAGUCUGAAGAUAACAUCAUUUGGUCAACUAUUAAACAGACCGGGUCAUCUGAUAUCGUUUAUGAAUUAUUAGCCAAACGCUUGUCUAGAACACCUUGUGAAAUCAAGGAACGAUAUGAAUCUCUUAAAUGCUCUAAGACUACGGAUGCUGACUUCAAUCCGAACUCAUUUUUUGAUCAAGAUCUUGAAGAAGCUCAGGAUUCAUUAGACAAACUUUUCUGUCGCAGAUGCCUAAUAUUUGACUGUAAAUUACAUGGGUGUUCACAAGAGCUUAUAUUUCCUGCUGAAAAGAAAGGUUCUAUGCAAAGCAUGAAUGACGAAAAUGUCCCUUGUGGUCCACAUUGUUAUCUCCAGCUCAACACUGAACAAACAAUCACCGUUUCGUCAGCAGCUGCUAGUGGUGUUCCAGUAACUAAGGAAAAAUCGAGUGGCGUGUUUCUAAGGAAGAGGUUAAAGACUUCACAAAAUGCUCAAAAAGAUUCUGCAAGCUUCGACUCUGAAGCUAUCCCAGUUCAUGAUGUGAAUAUGAACACUACUAAUCGUUCUCCACCAUCACCAAAUAAAACGAAACGGGCCAGAACAUCUAUAACAAGUGGAAGCAAAGAUUCCAAUGAAUUCAGCUCAUCAUCAACAAAGGAAAAGUUUUUGAGUACAACACAGCCUAGGAAAAAAGACACUUUUGUCCCUACCGGUAAUGCAUUAAGUAGGAACAACGCAAAAAAGAAAAACCUGUCCGUGUAUGGUCAUACUAGUAGAAAAGUAACUGAUUUUGAAUCUUGGAGAACUUUGGAGAAGUGUCUAAUUAAACAGGGUGUCCAGAUAUAUGGCAGAAACAGCUGUUUAAUAGCUAGGAAUAUAAUGCUCGGGGAGAAGACAUGUGCUGAGGUGUACCAUGUCCUGCAAUAUCAUUUAAAUGAGCUAUAUUCUCGAGGGAGUAAUAGCAUAAGUUCUCAAGAUGAUGAUAGGGCUGAGAGUAAUGAGAAUAUGGGAACUGCACGAAGAAGACGAUCAAACUUCUUUCAUAGAAGAGGAAGAUUUCGCCGUUUAAAGUACACAUGGAAGUCUGCUGGUUCCCGUAUAAUGAGGAAACGGAAUUCUGAUAAAAAAGAUACGCAUUGUGUCCAGUACAAUCCAUGUGGGUGUCAAUCUGUAUGUGGUGGUGAUUGUUCUUGCCUCGCAAGUGGCACAUGUUGUGAGAAAUUCUGCGGAUGCCCGAAAACUUGCAAAAAUCGUUUUAGGGGAUGUCAUUGUGCCAAAAGCCAGUGCAGAAGUCGCCAGUGCCCUUGCUUUGCUGCUAAUAGAGAAUGUGACCCUGAUUUAUGCCAACAUUGCUGGAUCAGCUGCGGUGAUGGGACUCUAGGAAGCCCGGGGAAGAAAGGCAAUAGUUAUGAGUGCCAGAAUGUGAAGCUUCUCCUCAAACAAAAACAAAGGAUUUUGCUAGGAAGAUCUGAGGUCUCAGGCUGGGGUGCUUUCUCAAAGGAUAGUGUACCUAAAGAUGGAUAUCUGGGUGAAUACACCGGAGAGUUGAUCUCUCAUUAUGAAGCUGACAAGCGUGGAAAGAUCUAUGAUCGUGAAAAUUGUUCAUUUCUUUUCAACCUUAAUGACCAAUAUGUUCUUGAUGCAUACCGAAAAGGCGACAAACUAAAAUUCGCUAAUCAUUCACCAGACCCGAAUUGUUAUGCAAAGGUUAUGAUGGUGGCUGGAGAUCACCGGGUGGGGAUAUUUGCGAAAGAAAGCAUCUCUGCUGGAGAAGAACUGUUUUAUGAUUAUCGCUAUGAACCCGACAAGGCUCCUUCUUGGGCUAAGAAGCCUGAGGACUGUGGUUCAAGGAGAGAAGACCCUGGUUCUUCAAGCGGGCGGGCCAAGAAGAUUGCUUAACUUGCAUGACUAGUUAGAGCCCAAAAAGGUUUUGGCUCUUU